GUGUUCUUUUCUUAUAGAGAGUAGUCUCCCAAGAAGCUGCAGAGACUUGCAAAAAUCUCAGAUUCAAACAAUGGCAGAAGAAGCUAAAGCUAAAGGAAACGCUGCUUUCUCUUCCGGUGACUUCACCACGGCUAUAAACCACUUCACCGAAGCCAUAGCUCUUGCUCCAACCAAUCACGUCCUCUUCUCAAACCGUUCCGCUGCUCACGCGUCGCUUCAUCAAUACGCCGAAGCUCUCUCCGAUGCGAAAGAGACGAUUAAACUCAAACCGUAUUGGCCUAAAGGUUAUAGCCGUCUCGGUGCUGCUCAUUUAGGGUUAAACCAGUUUGAGUUAGCCGUCACUGCUUAUAAGAAAGGUUUAGAUGUCGAUCCGACUAACGAGGCGUUGAAAUCUGGAUUGGCUGAUGCGGAGGCGUCUGUUGCUAGGUCACGAGCUGCACCGAAUCCGUUUGGUGAUGCUUUUCAAGGACCGGAGAUGUGGACGAAGCUUACGUCUGAUCCUUCGACUAGAGGCUUUUUGCAGCAGCCGGAUUUUGUUAACAUGAUGCAGGAGAUUCAGAAGAAUCCUAGCAGUCUUAAUUUGUAUUUGAAGGAUCAGAGAGUGAUGCAAUCUCUUGGAGUUUUAUUGAAUGUUAAGUUUAGGCCACCGCCGCCUCAGGGAGAUGAGGCUGAGGUUCCUGAGUCUGAUAUGGGUCAGAGUUCUAGUAAUGAGCCUGAGGUUGAGAAGAAGAGAGAACCGGAGCCUGAACCGGAACCGGAGGUGACAGAGGAGAAGGAGAAGAAAGAGAGGAAGGAGAAAGCUAAAAAGGAGAAAGAGCUUGGGAAUGCUGCGUAUAAAAAGAAGGACUUUGAAACUGCUAUUCAGCAUUAUUCUACUGCUAUUGAGAUUGAUGAUGAAGACAUCUCGUACCUCACAAAUCGUGCUGCUGUUUAUCUUGAGAUGGGAAAGUACAAUGAGUGCAUUGAGGAUUGUAACAAGGCUGUGGAAAGGGGUAGAGAGCUUAGGUCAGAUUACAAGAUGGUAGCUAGAGCUUUGACUAGAAAAGGGACUGCUUUGACUAAGAUGGCCAAAUGCUCGAAAGACUAUGAACCUGCCAUUGAAGCUUUCCAGAAGGCUCUUACAGAGCACCGUAACCCUGAUACGUUGAAGAGACUUAACGAUGCGGAAAGAGCAAAGAAAGAGUGGGAACAGAAGCAAUAUUUCGAUCCUAAGCUAGGGGAUGAAGAGCGUGAAAAAGGUAACGAUUUCUUCAAGGAGCAGAAGUAUCCUGAGGCCAUAAAACAUUACACCGAAGCAAUCAAAAGGAACCCAAAUGACCAUAAAGCAUAUAGCAACCGAGCUGCUAGUUACACUAAGCUAGGUGCAAUGCCUGAAGGACUAAAGGAUGCAGAAAAGUGUAUUGAGCUCGAUCCAACCUUCUCUAAAGGAUACAGCAGAAAAGCUGCAGUCCAAUUCUUCCUCAAAGAGUACGACAAUGCGAUGGAAACAUACCAAGCGGGUCUCGAGCAUGAUCCUAGUAAUCAGGAACUUCUUGACGGUGUUAAAAGAUGUGUACAACAAAUCAACAAGGCUAAUCGCGGAGACCUUACUCCUGAGGAAUUGAAAGAGAGACAGGCAAAGGGAAUGCAAGACCCAGAAAUCCAGAACAUCCUCACAGAUCCUGUAAUGAGACAGGUACUGUCUGAUCUUCAAGAGAAUCCAAGCGCAGCACAGAAGCACAUGCAAAAUCCAAUGGUUAUGAACAAGAUUCAAAAGCUUAUUAGCGCUGGGAUCGUCCAGAUGAAAUAAACUCAGAAGAGUUGAAACAUCGAAUAUCCGUUUUGGCAGAUUCAUUUUUUCUCUUAUAUCUUUGCAAUCUGCAACAAUUCUAGAUUUGUGACCGGCUGAUUUCCCAUGUUUACUGACGUUGUGUUCCGAACAAAUUGCAAUCAUAUUUUCUUCUG